CUUCACUUCAUAAAUGUUCGAUUUCUUGUGGUACCAAGCAAGGCUUGUGCAUAUUGAGGAUUACGCUUUUCGGUAAUUAUUGUUUUAAUCGUUGCAUAUGCGAUUUUGAUAGUUUUCAUUGUUAUUCUUGUCAAAAACAUGGCUUUGAGCGUCGCACUACCUCUGGCUGGGUUGGAGAAUGAGAAUUUUAAUUCGUUCAGCUCAUUCGGCCAUAUCAUUGACAUAGCGGGUUUAUCUCAGUCUAGCCCCAGCCCCUCAGCCUCCAGUGAAUCUAGCGGUAUCGGCUCGCUGGGUUCACUCAAGUCAGAGUCAGUCAACAGUGACUCCCUGCCGUCGAGCCCUCAAACCACAGAAAAGAAAAUAUUUGAACCGGUGGCUCAACCUCAGCCACAGCAACGCCCGAAAGAAGCAGCUGAAAAUGUAAACGUCAAAUAUGGGGGGCGCGAUAUCCUCAACCUGAUGGCCAAUCUCACUGACCCCCGAUGGAGCUACCGUGCCACUGUGCUGCCGCCCAACAACCCAGCCCUGUUCUUCGCCAACAGGUCGCAGUACCAUCGUUUGGGUCCGUAUGCAGCUCGCACACAGUAUGUAAAAGAUACUUGCCGUGAUUGUGGCUUCACAUGGGUAGUUGCCGCCACAGAUUGAUGUAACUAUGAGUCAGCAUAAAUUCUGAACAAACAAAUGUUAAGUGGGUACAACUGGAACACAUCAGGGUGCAUAUCAACUUUCUAUUUUUGUUUUUAAUUGUCACUUAACUAUGGUUAAUCACCAUUCGUUAAUUAAGCCAGUGAUUCUAGUUCCAUGAUUAAUCAAUUUGUGACGACCUGUCUUGUGGCAGGGAAUUUUGUGAUCAACUUUUUUUGCUCAUUUUUCAUAUUAACUUAUUAUUGAACUUAAGAGGAAUAAAUUAUUUUUUUAUAAUCAACAAUUUGAGCAAAUCAUUAUUAAGUUCCUUGUGAACUAAAGUCAGUGGCUUGAUGACAAUAUCCUAGGUAAUGUGCAUAGCGCCCUGUUGUGGCCUAGUUUUACAGAUGACUGUGGAAUAUGUAUAGCUAUCGUCUCGCGCAUUCAUGGAGUUACAUUUUAAAAGUGACUUAAUACUGUGAUCUUAAUUUAAACAAAGCAAUUUUUUGACAAAUUCUGUGAAUGUGGAACGCGCGACGAUGCAACCUUCGUUUUUGUUUUAAUUUGUUUGUGUGAUAAUGUUAGGCUUAAGUAAUGCUACAAACUUGCAUUGCCAUAAGAUUUGAAAAGUUAUUCCAAAUCAGCAUUUUUUGGUCCCCAUUUUAAAUUUAAUAAUAAUAAAAAACAAUUCAAUAUCUUAGUGUUACUAUAAACCUGCACUGAAUAAAAAAAUAUUUUUUUACACUACAUUGAGUUCCUGUUAGAUUUAUUUAAUAAAUUGUUAUCCAAAGAAUCUAUUCGUAUAAUGAACAUAUUAUAUUACUAUAAAUUGACAACAAUACACUUGAUUUAUAAUAAUUAGUAUAAAUACCGGUCAACUCAAUUUGACUACUGUAUUUAAUGUCCAAUUAAAUACUCUUAAAGCAAUAUUUAAAUUAUGGUCUUCUACUUAUAAUGAGUUAGUACUUCCCACCAUUACAUGUAAUUUAUUAUUAUUUAAAUAUUGUUUUAUAAUAGUUUUUAGAAGUUAAUGAUUUUUCAUAUAUUCCACAGUCAUUGUCAAUAGGGUCGUUAUUAUUUUAACCAAAAGGCUGCUUCUCGGAUGUUAUUUAAAUUUACGAUUUCGAGGAUGGGCACGAAUUUAAAGCAAAGCUGUAGGUUAAUUUUAA